AUGUGUCGAAUGAAUGUAUCGGGAAAGCAUAUUUGGUUUAUGCCUAAUACCAGAAGCAAGAACACAGAGCUAAUUGAUCUCAACAAUCAAGAACUAGCGGUCGCCGAUGGUGUCGAGCGACACCAGGCGGGUGUCGAUCGACACCAAGCCGCAGCUGACAAUGCACAGUUGGCGUUGAAUGCUGAAGCAGAGGAUGAGAACCGUUCACUUGGAGAAUACAACAGGCCUGCUCUGUUCUAUUCUAACCGCUCUGCUAUACGUCCUCCUGCAUUUCAGAGGAACAACUUUGAGCUGAAGCCUGGAUACUACACUCUUGUAGGACAACACCCGUUCCAUGGCCAUACUUAUGAGCAUCCAAUGGAUCAUAUUGAGAAGUUUGAGGAUCUGGAGGAAACAAGUGAAUAUGAUGAAACUGCACUUGCACAGCAAGUGUCGCUCGACACCAUCUCACGGUGUCGAUCGACACUAACACCAGUUCUCGUGGAUUCGGCUCCCGACGGACCAAUAUCGACCGCGAUCGAGACCACCUUAUCGACUCCAGAUCACUAUGUCGAGCGACACCUUCCCAGUGUCGAUCGAUACCCCUCACAGACACAACCGGAUUUUCCCGAAACUCCGCGACCAUCUACAGAAAAGAUCUACAAGCCUAAGGUUCCUUUUCCAAAGCCUAGGAAGUCUAAACAGGAGAUAGAAGAAGCUCGAUGCAAGGCAAUGAUGGAAAAGGUGGUUACUGAGAUACCUCUAGAUCAUGCAGAUCGUGAUUCACCUAUGCUUAAGCGGUGUGUUAAGAGGAUGGUCCAAAAUGAAGUGAGCCCUGAGGAAGGAGCUUUGCUGGCUAGAGACAUGGCUGCUAUCUUCUUGAAACAGACCCUGCAGAGUCAGAAAGAAAAGAAGAAGAAAAUGUUUGUUUCUAAAAAAGUUAGUGCCAUGAAUCAGAGCAGGAUUCCGGAGAAGUUACCUGAUCCAGGAAGUUUCGUGCUAGACUGCUCUAUCUUCACAGAAAGAUUUCCUCACUCUCUUUGUGAUCUUGGCUCUGGUAUCAACUUGAUACCAUACUCUGUUGCUGUGAGACUUGGGAUGACAGAUUUCAAGCCGACUAGGAUCUCUCUUAUCUUAGCUGAUAGAUCGAAAAGGAUUCCCAAAGUUAUUUUAGAGGAUGUUUUGAUAAGAGUUGGUGAAUGCAUGAUUCCUGCUGAUUUUGUUGUUCUUGAGUAUGCUAAAGAACCUAAGGAUCCUAUUAUCUUUGGGAGAUCUUUCUUGGCUAGCGCUGGUGCUCUUAUAGAUGUUCAGAAAGGAACGAUUGGACUGCAUGUGGGUGACUUAGUUAUGAACUUUGACAUGGACAAGUUAAGGAGAGCACCUACUAUUGAUGGCCAGACUUUUUCUCUAGAGGAAGCCAUGGAUGACGUGGCAGUCAUAGAGUAUUCAGAAGAUAUUACUGCUAGGGACCAGAGCGAGGGUCUAGCUACUGCUAAGUUAUUGGAAGAUGAUGUUUUUGUGCUAGAGAUGAGGAUCGCUGAGACAAAUUGCAGAAAAAGUGCUGAAACACAAGCAUCAGGCUCAGUGUCGAGCGACACCACCAAGGUGUCGAUCGACACCCCUCGCCACGACAGUCCGAACUUGCCAAAAAUGGAUGGUUUUCGGGUUGAUCUUACUACUGCAAGCUUGAGCCCUGUUCUGAAUCGGAAAGCUUCACCACCCAUACUCCAGAGACCUCGAGAAAAGCAAAGGUACGCAACUUCUUUACCCAAACCUUCUCAUAUCAUCAAUAAGACUUUCAAAGGUACAAAGACUGUUUUAGAGUUAACCAAGCCACGAGAUUAUCGUAGAGCACUUGUUGGUUCUUUUGAUGAUGUUGCAGGUAGAAGAAGUGUCCCAUCCAUACCCAGACUAUGCCCUGCUGCUGUUCCUCGUGUACUUGGUCGAUCUCCUACACCUAAUGCUUAUAAACCACCUUGGAUGAUGAGACACUAUUCUCGAAGGCAUUUAGUGCCGCUUUUUGACCAACCAUGA